CUCGUCUUCAGCACAUCUUUCAGGAAGGUACCUGCCUUAUUGAUCACCAGAGUAAAGAAUCAUUUCAUUCGGGAUGGGGCUUCCGCCUGUAUUCAGAGCAAUGCUUCCUUCUACUUCCAUCGCCCACCACGAAGCUUGGUUGCUGCUUGCUUUCGAUACAACUUCUUACUACACGAGUGUCAACCCAAACACCAAACACCGACCAUCGCUACCAUUCGCAUCAACUUGUUUCCAGUACUAUCAACAUCGCCAUCGCUACACGUUAACCGACUGGUUUGCCAGCAAUUUUCCAACGCUUCACUCACCAUGAUGCACAGUCCAUUCCAACGUCCAUCUUUCAAGCAGCGAUUUUACGAUCGACUCCAAACCAAGCCUAAACUCAAUCUUACGGACGACGGUCUCCUAGAUGUCUAUUUCAUAGUCACGCUCCCCAACUUCAUGGCGAUAUUUCAACUAGAAUUCGAUAUUGCGCAUAAGGCACUCAUAUCAGUAGUCAGGCAAUCGCGGUUUCAUGGCCCAGUGGAUGGCACCCAGAUUGCGGGGCCGAUCACUGUCUCGAACAGGCUACUGAUAGCCUGGGCGCGCCUGAUGGAACCCAUAUACAACCAGUAUAGGCUGGAGUACGAUCAUCACAGGCUACAUCACAGUGUCGCUGCUGACCUCGAAUAUCUGAAUGCUAGACGGCUCAGGCACGAAGUAAGUGUGAUGAGGGGAAUCCCGGCAGUAGCAAUAGACAUUGGCCGUAGCGUUAAAACGAAGAUGGCACAUUUGGCGGGCGGUCCUAGUGGGAGUGAUUCGCAGGAGCAACUGGAUACGCCGGGCGACACAGGUACAGGAGAAAUUGGCACGGUAACCACGGAUUGA